AUGUUUCUUGCUUGGUUAUGCGUAAUAGGUAUUUUAUUAACAUUAACUGGGUUAUUACACUUUGUUAACAACAAACCUGAGUCAUUUAAGGUUGAUGGAUUACAAACAAAUCCAACACUUGCAGUUGUAUUAGUUGCAAUUGUUUUAUUAGUAUGUGGAUUAGUUACUGUAUUAAUUUCAGGAUUUGGAAUUGUACGUUCAAUUCCAUUUAUUACAUUAAUAUUAGAAAAUGGAGUUGUAUGUUCAAUAUGGUUUAUUAUUAUGUCUUGUUUAACUUUCUUUAUGACUGGGGUUUUUGGAUUAGUAACAAGUAUUUUAUCAUUUAUAACAUCAUCAACUUUUAUUAUUAUUGUUGUUUUGUGUAAGUUUAGGAAUGUGAAUAAUCAUCCACAACAUACGGAAGCUAAUUAA